UCCGAAUUAAUAAAAAUAAAUUCAAUGUAAUUUUUUGCCGAACAGUAAAAAAAAAUGUAAAAGAAAGGGAUAUAUUGUUGUUAGUAUCUUCCUCUUUUAAAAAAAUCAAAUAGAUUAUUUGCUUUUCUACAUGAUUUUUUAAAGGACCAACAUACUUUUGAAAGGAAUAUUUUGUGAACGAAAUAACAAAAUUGUUACAAAGGCCACGUAAACAUUUAAUGGCCUUGACCUUAAAGAUGGCUGCCACCGGUACACGUUCUCGCACAGGACUGAUUAUUGUGUCAGUAUGGAUGUUCUGUUUAUAUUUUACUAUCGUGUUGGCACACGGACAUGGCCACAGCCAUGAUCAUGGCCACUCACACGAAGAACCAGCGUCCUUCAGAUACAGCAAAGAAGCUAACGAAGCAGCUGACAAAGAUAGCAAAGAGGGACACGGACAUGGUCACGCCCAUGGGGGGCACGGGCACUCGCAUGACGGGCACGGCCAUGCUCAUGGACAUGGUCAUGCUCACGGAGGCCAUGGUCAUUCACAUGAUGACCAUGACCAUUUUCAUGGCCACUCUCAUGAACAUGAUGGACAACCAUCAAGCAAAUCUGAAUUUUCUGUGGACCACAUGGACACUGUUUGGAAACAUGGUGACGCUAAGAAAUCUUCAAGGAAAGAAGCUGAUGUUUGGUUGUGGGUGCAAGCUUUAGCAGCAACGCUGUUCAUUAGUGUUUCUCCAAUCGUCAUAUUAUUGUUUGUUCCCAUUGAAAAUGCUAAUGACCCAAAACACCAAAACUUGCUGAAGAUUUUACUCAGUUUUGCCUCAGGAGGACUACUUGGUGAUGCUUUUCUUCAUCUGAUUCCUCAUGCUGUCUCCCCCCACUCACAUGGAGGAGAGGAGCAUAGUCACUCUCAUUCCCACAGCCAUAGUCACGGGGACCAUGAUCAUUCUCAUGAUAUGUCUGUCGGUCUGUGGGUGUUGGCUGGAAUCAUUGCUUUCCUGUGUGUGGAGAAAUUUGUCCGAAUUGUGAAAGGAGGUCAUGGACACAGUCAUUCUCAAGGCCACAGUCACAGCGAGGUGUCAAAGAAGGAGGAUAAAAAGACUGAGAAGAAAGCAAAGGAGACCAAUGAUAACAAAAAGGACACGGAAAAGAAGACCGAGGAAGAGACGAGUGACAAAGAAAAGGAGAAAGAAUCAAAGUCAGAUGAGAAGAGUGACUCUAAGAAAAGUGAGGCUGUAAAGAAAGAAAAAGGAGAGGAGGAAAAUAAAGAAAAGGACAAGAAGGAGAAAGAAAAGAAAGAAGAGAAAAGCUCUGAAGCAGAGACAGAAGAGGACAUUAAAGUAGCAGGGUACCUGAACUUAGCAGCUGACUUUGCCCACAACUUUACAGAUGGUCUCGCCAUAGGGGCCUCUUUUCUUGUGGGACAGGGACUUGGGAUCAUCACCACGGCAACAGUAUUCUUGCACGAGAUUCCGCAUGAGAUAGGUGACUUCGCCAUCUUAGUGCAAUCAGGCUGUUCAAAGAAAAAGGCAAUGAAGCUCCAGUUUACAACUGCCAUUGGUGCUAUGCUGGGGACUGUGUGCAGUCUGAUGGCACAGGGUAUAGGGGAUGCUGCCACACUCUGGAUCUUACCUUUCACUGCGGGGGGAUUCAUUUACAUUGCCACUGUCUCUGUCAUUCCGGAACUUCUAGAAGAUACUAAACUAGGGCAGUCUGUAAAGGAAAUAGCUGCCCUGCUUGUUGGUGUUUACAUGAUGGUUGUGAUAGGACAGUUUGAGUAAUUUUUUUGUUUUACAAGAAUGCACAUGUAUAUAGGUACUUGUUACUUACCGUUUGUCCUGCUUUUUAUUUUCAGAACAUCAUUUGAUAAAGUUUUAUCAUACUGUGGGAGUACAUGACACAGGUAUCAUGAAAGCUUAACUAGUUUCAGUUCCUGUUAUGUAUAGGUUAAUGGGGCCAAUGCUGGAAUAAUUAUCAUUGGUACUAUGAAAGGGUCACAUUCAAAUUACAUGUCUAGUGUUUUAAAGAACCGUUUUGUAUUAAUCUGAACACUGUUUUUUCCAUGUAAUGCUAAGAUUAUAGCAUUGAGAAGAAGAAUCUGUUUUUGAAAUUCAAAGAUACAUUGCAUGGUUUGAACGUUGUACUCAACCACCCUGAUACAAAAAAAGAUUGUUACAACAAAUCCCAGAGGACGGUAGAAUUUAUGUCCUUUUAUCCAUACAGAACCUAAUUGUCCAUAUUCUAACUAAUUAAUUUCAAGACAGGGGAUGGGUUGAAAUUUUUUUCUAUUUCACCCUUAAACAGACAAUCGAAAACCCUGAACUCAAAAUAUUUCAUUGGGGUUUUUUUUCCACAAAAAAUUAUAUUUUUCAUGUAGUGUAAAUUUUUGUAUAUGCUUUAUCGCAAUCUUUGUAAAAAAAAAAUGUAUAGUGGUUUUUUUUUCCACGGAUGUAAAAUUUGGCAAUUUUCCAGCUCAAGGGUAUACAAAUAAUUUUAGCAGAAUAUAUUUCGGUGGACAUAGGGUUUCAAAACAUAAAAUUUAUAAGCAGUGUACUGUUAAUACAUGUAACUUACUUUAAAGAAAAAAAGUUUUACUGUCAUCAAAAACAACUGACACAAAUAAAGCUAGUUUACCUAGUGCUACAUACCAACUGCUAGACAGAGUUAUCUUUCUUGCAAAAAUAUGUAUUAUGAUUGUAGACACAGUUAGCUAUUUUUAAUUUGACAGAAUGUUAUCAAGCAGUUAAAAUAAGCCAAAAUAAUCACCCCAUGAAAAAACCUGCUGAGGAUUCAUCGUCACUGCAUAAUAUUGUGUAUAUCUAGCUUCCCCGGGCCCCUCUCCACAUUUCCUGUCUACCAACUUAGGGGGUCAAAAUGAUGAGUUAGAAAGGGGAUACAAACAAUAUUUUAAUGUAGACCAAACAAAUUCUGUUAACCCACAUUGGAUUGCAUAACUAUUCUCGGUUCAUUAAACAGUCACAUGGUCACUCUGUCCGAGAUUGUUUAAGGAAUCAUUUAACAAAACUUUUAAAAAUUCACCAUGCCCAUACCAAAGUAUUAUGAAAAUCUGUACCCUGAUAUUUAUAACAACUUUGUUCUGACUGUAAAUUCAAUUUGUGUACUUCACUAUUCAAAUGCAUGUGUCUUGUGAAUGCUGGUGUUUGAAUGACUGAUGAAAAUGUUCCUUUCGUGUGCUGCUGUAAAUGCUAUUGGUUGUCUAGUCAUCAAAUUAUAUACACAACUUAACAAGUAUGAAAAAUGACAUACAUGUACAUAGUAAUAUUAUAUUGAACUUCCUGGAAGGAGGAACUGAUGUGUUGGCAGAAUGUGUAGCUAUGUUUAUUGCAGUGUAUCUCUUUAGAGUGUAUGUGAUUUAACUUAUGCAUGGUUUGUAUGUACAUGUAUAUGCACUUUUAAAUACCACGUGCCAUAACUAUCCAGAUCAAAAAACUUCUCCUCAACUAAUGAAGUAUUACACAUAUACAAUCACAACCUUUUAGGCCUUUCCAAAAUGCAGGAAAACAAUCUCCUGUGCAUGUUAUAAUAACCUCGGUUUUUUUGGUAGUCUUUUUUGGAAAAUGCAACCAUAGCUAGGAACUGUCAUGUUACUAUUAUGCUGGCUAAUUCCUAAAUGCAUGUACAUUGUGUCAAACCAACUGUCAAUGACAGGCAUUAUAUAAAAAUGACAAUGGCUAACAUUUUCCAUCUUGUACAGAUUUCUUAUUAAUCAAUAAAACAUGCUUAUGGCAAAGUGUUGGCCAAUAGGGAUGAACAAUUUUGAUUUGUUAUAUCCAAUGAGUUCAUAAUGUUUUGAAACCACAGGGAAUAAAAAUCACUUCACAGUAAGCAUGAAUGUAUGUGUUCACUGUAAUCAUGUUUUAUGGUAUCUGGAGAUUGUAAUACAUUUAAACCUACAUUAUGUGACAUUCUAUUUUUGUCUGAUGCAGGUAUGUACAUGUACUCUCAAAACCGGAAAGAAUAUCAAACUAUAACCUAAUAAUAGUACAUUUCUUACUCUCAAAAAUAGGUGAAUUUUGUGAGUAUGAAGAGAAGACUUCAAAAUAUGAGAAGAUAAUUACAGGGAUGGGAGGGGGGUUGCUUUUUAUAAUAAAUGUUAUUCCUCCUGCUUUUAAUAUCUUUCUCACUCAUCAAUUAGUACAUAUUGGAUAGGUUUUAGAGUGUUCAGUGGAUGUGGAGAUAAAUAUCUUUUGAUUAUUGUAUACACCACUAUGGUGAGACUUCGAAUUUAAUUCAUUAUUUAUUGUCACACUGGUGCUUUACGUGAGUGAUAUCAAUGGUCAUUGUAUUAUUGAUAGUUUAAAAGAAGGCAGAAUGUAUGACUUUAUGAAUGUGAAUGAUGAAGAUGUCAUUUUUUGUUUCUAAUAAAACUGGUGACAGGU